AUGAUGCAUGACUCUCACGACAAAUAUCCGCCAGCAGCUGAGACGGAUUCGUUAUUGGACAGGAUUGAGAGUCGACCAGGAUUCAUCGGCUGGAAGGAGGCUGUUGUUCGCGAACUGGUGCUGAAGCAGAACUGGAAAUGGGGUCGAUGCGUCCACCAGCUGACGUUGUCGUUGACCAUGGACAUCAAGCCGAUGCUGUUGGCGUGGCCAUUGUUGAUACUGGUCGACAAUUGGCCGCGCAUACACAAGAUCUCAUUGGACGGAUUCAGAGGGGUUCGAUAUAGGGAGUUUCCUCAAGGGAAUGGACGGCACUAUCUGAUGAUGGAGGUUCCUCGAGGACAUGGCUCUGUCAGUUGCGUUGCAUGGGACACCACCGGCUUGGCAACCACCCAGGCUCCCAUGCCCACAGAGACUGGCGAUGUUGAGGAGGGGCAAUCGCUACCUUUGGCACUUGGAGGAUUCUUGAGGUUUGUGGCGCCUUACGACUUAAAUCCUACAGCGCGUUAA